CGACGGUCCCUAAAGGCAGCAGCGCUGGAGGAGGAUCGCUGGUGACUGUAGUCAUUUCAACUAUUUCUGAACGCAGCAGCCGUGUCAUCAUGCUCCUAAAUGUUGAUUUUGGGGGUGUAGGGUUCGAGCUUUACCUCGUAACUUCCUCAUAGGCGUGCUGAYACGUUAAUAAUGGAGUUUUUUAACGAGCCCAGCUAGCCUCACUGCGGACAUUGUCUUCGUCGUAGCCACGAUCGGCUAGCAAACCACUGCUAGUUGUUGUUAGCUUCCGCGGCUAAUAAUAAUAAUAUGGCGAUUGUGUCUGGCUCCUGUGCCCGGGUGAACGGCUCUAGAAACGGGCCCUCCGUGUCAGCGGCACCCCCCGGGCCCGUCGGACAGUCUCAGCCCAUGAUAGCGGUGUGGGAAUGGCAGGACGACCAGGGCUACUGGCGGCCCUACAGCGGCCAGGUGAGCGCCCACAUCGAGCGCUGCGCGUCCCGGCGAGGGCCCAGGCUAGGGGUCGGAGGAGCCGGCUCGACGAGCGUCUGCCUCGGACAGUCCGACCCCAGCCUGUCGCCUUACCUCAUCGAUAUACCGAGCCUGAAGCAGUUCCGACAGGACACAGGAACGACUCGUUCUGUUCGGCGCUCCCUGUUCGCCCAGUCUUCAGGCCUCAGCAGUGGUGUUUACUGGGAAUGGGCGAACGACGAGGGAGGCUGGACCCCGUACGAGACCCGCACCUCCAUCCUUUUGGAGCACAGCUAUCAGGCCCGCCAAGGCACGGCGGACCUGGGCCCCCACGGAUACAAUUACAUCGUGGAUCUCACCUCUCUGGCCCAGGUGAACAAAGCCACGGGCUUCAGGCGCCAGGUGCGGCGGCAGUGCAACCUCCCCUACCCGCUGGCCUCCUCCGGACCCCCGGCCAUCCCCUCGACCCCCGCCUGCUCGUGUCAGCAGUGUCUGAGCCACAGCAGCACAGGACCCAUGCCCAGCCGGUCCCGACACUCCUUUUCGUCGGGGAGUCUGAACCGACCCAGCCUCCAGGGGACCGGGAGGGUCGCUGCGGCCCACCCUACUUCUGUUUACUCGCCGUACCCUAGGAGGCCCCUCUCUGUCGGGGGGAUGUCCUGGGGCAGCCCCUGGCCCCCCCCAGCCUCUGCCAGUCACAUGUCCGCACCACAUCUGAGCAGCUCUACAAGUUCUAACGGGUUGAGCGUUCCUUCCAUCUCCGUGCAGCUGAACGGCUCCACCAGCGUGAGCUCUGCCCUGGCAGGCAUGGCCUCCAUUUUGAUGUCAGCGGUGGGACUCGGCGUGCACUUCACCACCGCCCCCCUCCCUCCGCCGCAGCAGCCCCAGCAGCCGCCGCCGCCGCCGCCGCCUGCUCCUUUCGCUCUUCCUCCUCCUCCUCCUCUCCUCCCCUCAGCCAGCAGGCCCACCAAGCCUCACAGCAGCAGUUCAGUUAGGAGAGCAAAGAGGCAGCACAGGAGAGUGUCUCCGAGGUCUGAGGAGGUGAUCCAGCGCUACAUGGAGGUGGUCGCUGAAGCUCCAAACGAGGACUGCAUCAUCUGCAUGGACCAGUUGUCCAGCCCGUCCAGCUACGAGACGCCGUCCUCCUCCUCUGAGGAGGAGGCGGGGCUCGGCAUCCUGCCGGACGCCGUGGGGAAGUUCAUUAAGUGUGGCCACACCCUGCACAUGCUCUGCAUGCUGGCCAUGUACAACAACGGAACCAAGGACGGCAGCUUGCAGUGUCCCUCCUGUAAGACCAUCUACGGAGAGAAGACGGGCACGCAGCCCAAAGGCAAGAUGGAGAUUUACAGCAUCGGCCAGUCGCUGCCAGGACACCCAGACUGUGGCAGCAUCCAGAUCAUCUACAGCAUCCCACCUGGCAUCCAGAGCCUGGAGCACCCGAACCCCGGACAGCCAUACACCUGCAGAGGCUUCCCUCGUUUCUGUUUCCUCCCCGACAACGACAAGGGCCGGAAGGUUCUGGAGCUGCUGAAGGUGGCGUGGAUGCGUCGGCUCAUCUUCACCGUGGGGACGUCCAGCACCACGGGGGAGCCCGACACGGUGGUGUGGAACGGCAUCCACCACAAAACGGAGAUGAUGUCCAACCUGUCGGGCCACGGCUACCCCGACCCCAACUACCUGGACAACGUUCUGUCCGAGCUGGCCUCGCAGGGCGUGACCGAGGACUGCCUCAAAGCUGCAGGAGCYGGCGGCAGCUAGGGUCCAGACUCCCACCGAGCCUCCGGGUCGCUCGUCAGAACCAGGAGGGGAUGAGGCUGCUCAUACGUCACUGUGUUUCUGCGCUUCACGCGAUCCGACGCCACGCCCGUUUCAUCGAACUUUUCCUUUUUAAAGCCUCAUCAGGACCCGGUGAGAGGAGGAGGAGCAGCUCUGGGAUUGAAGCACUUUAACUCUGACGGUGCAUUCUGCUGACAUCAUACUUUUAGGAAGAGCAGUAAACUUGUUUUAACGUUAGGAAGGCACGGCGGCAGCGAAGCUUCACGUAGCAAAGCUCAGUGAUGAGAAGAGGCAAUACUUUCCUGUAAAUAAACACAUGAAUGCAUCAGAACAUGAAGACAAGUCAUCAAGUUUUUCUUUUUUUACAUUUGGCACUACUUCUGAUUCAACCCUAUUUAAAUCUGAACCAUUCUGCAGCUGAUGUUUUUGUCACUUAAUGUUUGUUGUGUCAGAAAUGAAUUAUUAUUAUUAUAUAAACAGGAAGCACUAAUGUUGGGGGGCGGGGCCGGUUCAGAUUUGACAAUCAGUCAAAUGAGACCCGAAGGCGUUCCCGCCAGGUGACCUCAUCUGCUCCGCUCAGCCUCAACAUCUGUACAAAACUGGAAAAAAAUAUAUCUGCAAUAAAGAAACGAUGCAAAAAAUC